AUGCCCAGGGGCACCAACCUCCGCUGGCGGCUGCCGCUCACCUGCCUGGCCCUGCAGGUGGCCAUGGUGGUUCUCUUUGGCGUAUUCGUGCGCUACGACUUCCAGGCCGAUGCCCACUGGUGGUUGGAAAAGAAGCGCAGGAACAUCUCCAGCGAUUUGGAGAACGAAUUCUACUAUCGCUAUCCAAGCUUCCAGGACGUGCACGCAAUGGUCCUCGUGGGCUUCGGCUUCCUCAUGACCUUCCUGCAACGCUACGGGUUCAGCGCGGUGGGCUUCAACUUCCUGCUGGCGGCUUUGGGCGUUCAGUGGGCGCUGCUCAUGCAGGGCUGGCUCAACCACUUUGAAGAAGGCCAGAUCCUCCUGGGCAUUGAGAACCUCAUCAAUGCUGACUUCUGCGUGGCAUCUACCUGUGUGGCCUUUGGGGCAGUUCUGGGCAAAGUCAGCCCCGUCCAACUGCUCAUCAUGACCUUCUCCCAAGUGACUCUCUUCACACUGAAUGAGUUCAUCCUCCUGAAACAGAUGGAGGUGAAGGAUGCAGGGGGCUCUAUGACUAUCCACACAUUUGGCGCCUACUUUGGGCUCACAGUGACCUGGAUCCUCUACCGAAGGAACCUGGAGCAGAGCAAACAGAGACUGAGUUCAGUGUACCAUUCGGACCUCUUUGCCAUGAUCGGAACCCUCUUCCUGUGGAUGUACUGGCCUAGCUUCAAUUCAGCCAUUUCCUUCCAUGGAGACACCCAACAUCGAGCAGUUCUCAACACCUACCUCUCCUUGACUGCCAGUGUCCUCACCUCAGUGGCAAUGUCCAGUGUCGUACAUAAGAAGGGCAAGCUGGACAUGGUGCACAUUCAAAAUGCCACACUGGCAGGCGGGGUGGGUGUGGGCACGGCUGCAGAGAUGAUGCUCACACCUUACGGUGCUCUCAUCGUGGGCUUCUUCUGCGGCACCUUCUCCGCCCUAGGAUUUGCAUACCUGACGCCAUUCCUGGAGUCCCGCCUGCGCAUCCAGGACACAUGUGGCAUUCAUAACCUGCAUGGCAUCCCUGGCAUCAUAGGUGGCAUCGUGGGUGCUGUGACAGCAGCCUACUCCUCCCCUGAUGUAUAUGGAGAGCCAGGGCUUAUUCAUUCUUUCAGCUUUGAAGGAUAUAGGGUGGACUCGACCAAGAAAAUGCAGGGCAGGGUCCAGAUAUAUGGCCUCCUCCUGACCUUGGCCAUGGCCCUGGUGGGCGGCACCAUCGUGGGGCUCAUUUUGAAAUUACCAUUCUGGGGCCAAGCAGCUGAUGAGAACUGCUUCGAGGACACUGUCUACUGGAAGAUUCAUGAAGAAGCACAUCCUGUCUACAUUCCUGAGGACCCCUCCCUCAAACCUCCAGCUCCUCUGGUACCCUCAAUACCCUUGGCACCUUCAGCAUCCUUGAGAUAUUCCGUACCUCCAACACCCCCAGUAUCCUUGGCAUCUCCAGCACCUUCAGCAUCCUUAGUACCCUAAGCUCCCAGGGUAGGUGAGAAGCAGG